UCCCCAAAACACAGUCUUCUUUAAAAGAAGAUGUGGAAUAAAUGACUCUUCUUGAAACCUGAAGUUCAGCAAACCCUGCUAAUCAAUACACAUUGAUAUUGAUUGAACAUUUUUUCCGACUUCCUUUUCCAUUUUAGUGAAGAACUCUUCUGCUAUGUCUGUCGUUUCUAAAAUAGACUCCCACGGUUGUAAAGCCUUGCUGUCAGAAGCCUCUGACUCCACCCUACAUUUUUUUCUAUCUGCUGUUGAAGACACGCACCAGAAGAGGAAGCACACAUCGAUCCCCCCAGCAAUGGCUGGCACUCACCCUCUUUGUCUGAGCGGCUUUUCCUCAAGCGUUUUACUGCUUCUCUGGCUCUGCCACCCCGGUUUGGUUUCCUUGAAGACUAUUCACAAAAAAGUUGGAGACUCAGUGGAGAUUUCAUCAGGGCUUCCAACUGAAGGAGUUAAUACAGCAAGAUGGAAAUAUAAAGAUCAAAUUGUUGCAGAUACAAGUCUUAUUAUUUCUAAACAGAUCUUUGGCAACAGAUUACACUUCAACAUCACCACCCUGAGUUUAACGCUAACAGAGCUAACUCUUCAAGAUUCUGGUACUUUCAGUUUUCUCUCUGAAGAAAAUGAAAAAAUGAGGGAGACAGUUGUCAUCACUCUACUGGUUCAAGAGUCCAUAACUGAAGACCCCAUUCUGACUUCCACACACGUUUCAACUGAUUCCAAUCAGACCUGCACAGUUUUAGUGAACUGCAGCCUAAACUCCACCAGCAGUGUCAGCUACAAGCUGAGUGACGGGAAUCAAACCCACGAAGGCUCCAGUCGGCAGUACAGCAUCAGGAAACAGGGAGAAGGACAGGUGUUCACAUGCACAGCCUCCAAUUCUGUCAGCAGCACAACAACAUCCAAAAUUGUAACGUGUCAAGACAAGUCAACUGAAGGUACGUUCACAGACUAUCGAUGA